GUUCCACACAGACCUCGUAGGACACCAACAGGAGCAUAGGCCUUUCAUUCGGCGCUUCCAGUCUCUACCGUCACGAUACGCCGUCCGUCAUCGUGCUCGACGAACGCGAGUCCGGUUGACCUAGUAGACACGAGCGGACACUUCUUUUCAACACACGUUUCUGUCGGCAGCACAGCAGCGGAGCGAGGUUGUAGAAGAUGCCGGUGAACAUCAAGAACCCGGCCAUUAAGCGUAUACACGCCGACGUGCGGGAGCUUAUGAAGGAUCCUUCCGACCAGUACCACGCCGCGCCCCUCGAGUCCAACCUGUUCGAGUGGCACUUCACCAUCAGGGGCCCGCCCGACACAGAGUUCGAGGGAGGGGUUUACCACGGCCGAAUCAUCCUUCCGCCGGAGUACCCCUUCCGGCCGCCGGACAUCAUGUUCAACACACCCAACGGGAGGUUCAGCACCGGCAUGAAGAUCUGCUUGACGAUCUCGUCUUACCAUCCCGAGCACUGGCAGCCGGCAUGGGGUAUCCGCCUCAUCUUGGAGGCGUUGAUUAGUUUCUUCCCCUCGCCCUCGCACGGUGCUUUGGGGGGGUUGGACUGGUCCGCGGGGGAGCGCAAGCGAUUAGCCGUGGAGUCGAGAAAGUGGAAGUGCUACAAGUGCGGGUUAGUCGCCGAUCUCCUUCCGGAGCUCCGGCCCAAGGGCGAGAGCGGCGGCGCGAGCGGCCGCAGCAGCUACGCGGACCAGAUCAAAGAGCUGCACAAGCUCAAGGCAAAGACUGCCGACGAGGUAGCCGCAGAGUCUCCUGUCGCUGCCGCUGCCGCUGCAGCGGCUAGUGAUGACCGUGAACCUGGCACUACCGUCAGCGAGUCUCCCAGCGGAAAGAUUGCUUCUACGAAAAAAGAGGCGGAGGUGAUAGCGCAAGCCCCCGGCGAAAAACGCGGUGUAAUUGGUGCCAUUUCGGAGAUGGCGGCGACGACGGCUCCAUCAAGUCCUCGGCUUCGGAGCGGGGGCGGGGCGCCGGCGGAAGGAGGGGGCGAUCCGACGCCGUCCCCUGCCAACGCCAGGGGUGCGAGCGAGGUAGAGGGGAACCAGGGGCAGCAGCAGCAGCAGCAGCAGGAGUCGAGGGAAGAUGACCUUGGGCGGGAGGACGACGUGCUUUCGUUUGUCGCCGUUGCUAUCGCGCUCGCGAUUGUCGGGAUUUUGGUCCGGAAGGCCCUACGCCUUGCUGAGGUGAUCUGA